AUGAAGCACAAAAGAUUCGAAGAGAACAUAUUAAUUGAUGAAGCGUAUACAAAUUACGGUAACCCUGAUAAAAAUGCUGACCAAAAGAAGAGUCAAGGUAUCGCAAAACAUUUUGCAGAAACUCUUGAAUAUGAGGAAAAGAAGAAAUGGUUCCAUCAGCUGCCUCAAGAACCUGGUACUAUUAGUAAAAAUCUUACUCAAGAUCAAAUUGAGGAAAUAAGGAAAGAAGCAAGCAGUGCUUUACAUGGCGACACACUAGCUUAUGAAACAAUCUACUUGUUUAUGAGCUUUUUUCAUGAAAUUGACGAUCAGAGAAUGACAGUCUACGCUGUAUUUUCUGUGUCUGGUGUUUUGCGUCUCUGUAGGUGUUUGACACUUUCUGACUUCCUUAGUGGUAUACGCGCGUUCCGGUUCGCGGGGGCGGGGGCGGGGGCGGACGCGGUGGGGGGCGCGCACGUGGGGGCGGUGCACGCGCUCGUGCACGUGGCGGGUGCGGGCGUGGCCGUGCACGCGCUGGCGCUGCUGCAGCACGCUAGUGACCCCGCGCUGCCCGCCACCGACCGAUACUACACGUCUCUAUACAGGAAGUUGACCUGUCCCGAGAUAUUCAACACCACCCACUCGGCCCUCCUCUUCUCGCUCAUAUACAAGUCGUUGAAACAGGACAAGAACAUAAACAGGGUGGCGGCGUUCGUGAAGCGACUGCUCCAGUUGUGUUGCCACCUGAGCCCGGCGCAAGCUUGCGGCAUCCUGUUCCUCAUAUCUCAAGUGUUGAAGGAUAGCGAUAAGAAGGAAGCUCUGACGUUAGUCUGCGCCCCGAAGGAAAUCAAAGAGGAAAUCAAAAAAGAAGAAACAGAGGUAUCACCAGAGUCUGAACAGAAGGACGAUAACGGAGAAUCUAAUAAAACAGAAGAAGGAGGUGACGGUAGUGUGAUAAAAAAUGAAAACCGCAAAAUGGAUCUUCUGAAGGGGGAUAAGAAGGAUCUUUUAAUAGACGAUGACGAGGAAGAGAACUACGUAGAUCUGAAGAUAGACGAAGAUGGCAACGUUAAACCGAAGAAACGGAAGCGGUGUGCGGGGAGCGCGGGCUGGCACCACGCGCGGGUCAAGCGGGAGCGCGGGGAGGGGGAGGGGGAGGAGAAGGGGCAGGGGGAGCGGGAGCGGGCCGCGGGGGAGAGGGAGGCCGCCAUACAGCUCAAGCGGGCGAUCAACGCGGACCGGGUGGCGAGCGCGUACUCGCCGUGGAGCCGCGACCCGUCGCAUGCGGGCGCCCGCACGGCGGCGGCGGGCGAGCUGCGGGCCCUCGCACGCCACCACCACCCCACCGUGCGCCUCUUCGCCGCCGCGCUGCUGCGACGUGAGUACCUCCAACAUACGCUCGGGCCUCAUAACACUUGA